GAGGCGGCAGUUCCAGCAGUUCCGCGCGGCCUCGAGAGGAGUCCUCCUUGGGCGUGGUGGAAGAUGAGGCCUGGCUUCAGAAGCGGCGCUGCUUACGUGAAGGGGCGGAAGUCCAUCGCCAAGUCCGGCAAUUUGUGCAGCAGAAGGUGCGCCCUGGCAUGGAGCUCUUGGAGAUCGCGGACCUGGUGGAGAAGGCAUCCAGCAGCCUGGUUGGAUUUGAUCCUCGAAAUCCUCUAAGGCGUGGCUGGGCCUUUCCAACUGGUUUGUCGUUGAACGAAGUCGCCGCACACGACACGGUGAACCCCUGCGACCCGGCCAGAUAUUUGAGACCAGCCGAUUUGCUGAAGAUUGACUUCGGCGUUCACGUGGAGGGCCACAUCUUGGAUUGCGCCUUCUCGAUGUCUUUUGAUCCCAUGCACGAUGAGCUUAUGCGAGCGGUGCAGGAAGCAACAGAAGAGGGCAUCAGGCAGGCAGGCCACGAUGUGCGGAUCAGCCACGUGAGCCGAUGUAUCCAGGAGGUCAUGGAAGCGGCCGAGGUACAUAGACCGGACGGAAAGGUCUUGCCGGUGAAGGUGAUCAAGAACCUCACGGGGCACCUCAUUGGUCCUUACAAGAUCCAUGCAGGAAAGUCUUUACCAUCGGUGAACACGGGGGACCAGACACGGAUGCUGGCCGGAGAGUUGUGGGCAGUGGAAACCUUUGGCUCCGUGGGCGGCUUCGGCUACGUGGGCAACGGAGGCAACUGCUCGCACUUCAUGCGCCCAUCGAGCGCAGCACCGACAUGGCAAAGCCCAAUGCUGAGCUCCAAAGCGAUCAGUCUGCUGGAACUCAUCGACCGGCGUUUCGGCACCUUAGCCUUCUGCCCACGCUGGCUCGUGCAGGAGGGGGAUCGCAGCAAGAUGAAGAUGGCCAAAGGUAGCCAGAUGUGGUGGUCUGCUCCCUUAGAUGAGCUUUGCAACCUCGGAGUGGUGAAUAGGUAUCCUCCCCUGGCCGACCUUCAGGGCUCCUACACCGCGCAGUAUGAGCAUACCAUCUUGCUGGGGAGCUCGGGGAAGGAGGUCUUGACGCGUGGAGCGACUCUUAGUUUUCCCGAACGUGGAGCGACGAAGAACGUGGCUGAGAGCCCAGUGCUGGCCAUGACUGCCCAGUGCUGGGCUAUGCGCCGCCAGCAUGGCCGGCCGCAGGAGGCGGCCAGGUGGCCAAAUUCGGGCCACUUCCCCAUCCUGCACCAAUAGAAAUGCCAGCUGAUGGUUAGGAGGAGCAUGGAGGAGCCAUCCAGAU